AUGAUGCGCAGGUCAAGCUGGCCGCCGAAGCUCCAUUACCGGUGGAAGAGGAAGCUGCUUGCGGUGCUAUUGGCCGCAUCUUGUUUCGCGACCUUUGCCUUAUUCGAAUCGCUGCGCAGCAGAAUACAUACCGUGAGUGUAACAUAUCCGCCAUUGAUUAGGAAGCCCAAGGUAGCUUUCCUUUUCAUCGCCAGGAAUCGGAUCCCGCUUGAUGUCGCGUGGGAUGUUUUUUUUCGGGAUGAUGUCAGUUUUUGGGAUGAGUGGUGGUUAGGUGAUAGAUCGUUGUCUAGCGAUAGGCAGGUGUCGCAUUCCCCCUACCUGAUUGUGAGCGACCUGUGGACGGACGGGUCGUGGGAUAGGGGGAAGCUUGAUAGCGAGCUGGGCUCCGGGGCGGGUUUUAGCGAGCAAUUAUUAGAUCAGAUCCAGCAGAUCUCUAUCUCGGGGGACGAUUCGGAUGGCAUGAGGUGGAAACUUACAUCAUCGGGUGUGUUUUCUACUACCUCGGCUUGGGAGCAGAUCAGGCUGAGAGAUCGGCCUAAUCUUCUCUUCAGAGCCAUCUGGAGCGAUCUUUUCACCCCUACUAUUUCGGUUUUCCUUUGGUGCAUCCUCUUGCGCCGGAUACCCGUGGACACUGUUUUACAUGCGAGGGGGAUCUCCUCCCCUCCUGGUGUGUGUGUUAGGAAGUCAUUACCUGAGUUUUGGCGGCAACAUCCCCUUCCUGCGGAUGGAUCUAAGGAGCAUAACUGCAUACCAGAUGAGCAUUAUGUUCAAACCUUACUUUUUCAAAGAGGUCUUCAAAAUGAAAUUACAAGGAGGUCCCUGACUCAUACUUCAUGGGACCUAUCAUCCUCCAGAAACAAUGAAAGGCGAGGAUGGCAUCCCGUCACUUACAAAUUGGCUGAUGCUACCCCCCAACUUAUCCAGUCAAUCAAGGCUGUAGAUAACAUCUUCUACAAGUCCGAGAACAGGCGAGAAUGGUGCACGAGCAAGGGUAAACCAUCUGGAUGCUUCCUUUUUUCGAGGAAAUUCACACGACCUGCUGCUAUUCGCCUCGUUAAGAUGUCUGCUCUCGUCAUCUCUACUGAAGCAACAAAUGGAGUAACCGAGGACCGCUUAAGAGGAAACGUAUAG